AUGGAUUGUCUCUGCUCGAUGGUUCGGGUUAUGAAAAAGCUGAAGCGUCUCCGUCCGACUCUCAAGUCUUGGAAUAAAGACACGUUUGGGAAUUACAAUGUUACCCUCGCCGAGAUCCAGCAGGAUCUGAGCUCCCUUCAGGAGAAUAUUGACGAAAGAGGGUAUACUGAUGAUCUCUUUGAUCAAGAGGUCAACUUGCAAGCUCGCAUUGGCUCGGUCCUCCUGCGUAAGUCGGAGUACCUGCGGCAGCAAAGUAGGGUCUCUUGGCUUUCUGAUGGUGAUAGGAACACUCGCUUCUUCCACUCUAUGGUUAAGUGGCGUCGUUCCAAUCAAAAUGUUAAGCAGCUUAAAAUUGAUGGGGUUAUCUCGGAGGACCCGGAUGUCAUGGCGACCCAUGUGAUACAUUUUUAUGAGGAUCUCUUUUCUGAGCCGAUUUUUGAACCGGUGGAUAGAUCUUGGAUUUCUGGUUACAUUCCGGCUUCAGUUACCUCAGCCCAGGCUGCUAUGCUCACAACUCCUCCUUCUGCUGAGGAUAUUCGUCUGGCUGUUUUUCCAUGGAUAGGAAUAGUGCCCCUGGCCCUGACGGGUUUAAUGGCGCUUUCUUUCAGCAUUCGUGGGAGGUGGUGGGGGAGGACCUUAUUGCUGCUGUUCGCCGGUUCUUCACUCAUAGCUAUCUCCCCAUGGUUGAAUGAAGUAGCUGCUGCUAUUGUCUCGGCCAAUCAGUUUGGGUUUAUCUCUGGGCGUUCUAUUCAGGAAUGUAUUCUGCUGGCCUCUGAAGGAGUGAAUUGUAUGGAGCGCUCGGUUCAAGGGAGGAACAUAGCUCUUAAGGUUGAUAUUAAGAAAGCGUUCGAUACUCUGAAUUGGGACUUUGUGGAGGUUGUGCUGGAUUGCUUUGGCUUCCCUCUGACUUUCAGACACUGGAUUAGAGUUAUUUUUCAGUCUGCCAGAAUUUCGGUCCUCUUUAAUGGAGAGCAGCACGGUUUCUUUGGUUGCUCUCGAGGGGUUCGACAGGGAGAUCCUUUGUCACCGGUUCUGUUUGGACUGGCGGAGGAGGUUUUGAGUCGGAUGCUUUCGGAUGCUGCUGAUAGGGGCUUCAUCGCUCGUAUGAGGAUGUCUCGCUCGUUGCUUUUUCCCUCUCGUCUCCUGUAUGCUGAUGAUGUCCUUCUUUUUUGCAAAGCUACGUGGCGCAGCUGCAGGAUGAUUGAAUCGAUUUUUAACAUCUAUGCUUCGGUUUCUGGUCAGUUCUGCAAUAAGGCCAAAUCCAAGGUUUUCUUUGGCAAAGGUGUUUCUGUCCAGAUGAGACGUCGGCUGCAGCGGGUUCUGGGUUUUUCCACUGGCUCCCUUCCUUUUAUCUAUUUGGGAGUUUCCAUUUUUGCCGGUCGUGCUACUGCUGCCCGUCUUAUCAGCAUUCAUGAUCGCAUCAUCGCUCAUUUUCCUAGAUGGCAGGGUAUGCAGUUGUCUAUGGCAGGCCGCCUUUGCCUCGUCACCUCUAUCAUUCAGAGCGCGGCUGUUCACAGUAUGCUGAUUUAUCGUUGGCCGGCUAAGUUACUUCAUGAUUUGGAUAGGGCAUGUCGGUCGUUUAUCUGGACUGGCUGCACUACUUUUAGGCCUCAUUCUUCUGUGGCUUGGAAUCGGGUUUGCGCCCCCAAGGCUCAGGGGGGGCUUAAUGUGAAGUCCUUUACGCACAUCAGUCAGAGUUUCUUGCUGAGAUUAGGCUGGUUGCUGAUUACUGCGGACUCGAUGGGUUUCCGGUUAUUUCGCCGGCGUUAUCUGGAUGCGUGCCUGAGACCUCGCUCUCCUUGGUUCUCUUCUACAAUUUGGUUAGGCACUCGUGCUGCUAUACAGACUCUUGUCAGUGACACCCAUUGUUCUAUUGGAUCUGGCUCUACAAUUCUGUUUUGGACUGAUAACUGGUUAGGGUAUCGACUGGUUGAUAAGAUCAGUAUUCCGGCUGCUUUUCAUCACACUCUUAGGCAGCCGAUCUCGGAUUACUACUUUGAUGAUACCUGGCAUUUUACUUUGGAUUUUUUGCAGGUCUUUCCGGACAUUGCUUUUGAUAUUAUCUCGAUUCCUAUUAGCGGGGGAGAGGACCGAAGAGCUUGGAUCCAUUCUCACUUUGGUGAGGUCUCCGCGUCGCUUGCUAUGGAUCACAUUCGCCCCAGUUUUCCGAUUGUUGAUUGGGGUAAGUGGAUUUGGGCUCCGUUUAUCCCAAUGCGCCGUUCCAUUGUCACUUGGCGGGUGAUUCUUGGUCGUCUUACGACUGCUAGCUAUCUUCGUUGUUCUGGCUGGUUCAGGGUGGACGGUCCGCUGAUUCAUGAUAUUGGGAGUCUGCUUCUCUGGGCUAUGAAGGUGCAAACUAGCAAGCAGGUUGAUAACCUUGGGCGGAUUGGAGUUAUGUCCACCAUUUGGAGUAUCUGGAAUAUUCGUAACAGAGUUGUGUUUGAUGAGGCUCCUGUGUCUGCGAGGGCGCUUUCAAUCCAGAUCAAAGCUUUUAUCUUAGAAACUUCCCACUUGCGUUCUGGUGAGAUGGCCAACUCUGUCGAGGACUUACUGAUCCUUCAUGGUCUUGGGGUGCCGGGCAGACCUCGUCGUUCGCUCUCUUAUGUCUAUGUUUACUGGAUCCCUCCCCCGGCCCCGUGGUGCAAAAUUAGUAUUGAUGGUUCUGUUCACGGCUCCCCUCUUCAUAUUCAUGCUGGAGGCGUUAUUAGAGACUCCUCUCAUGUUCUGGGCUAUUUUCAUUUCUCUGCUGGGCGUGGUUGGGCGUUCGAGGCGGAGCUGCUUGCCCUCGUCAUUGCUUUGGAGCAGACGGUCUUUCAUGGUUGGAGUCAUGUUUGGAUUGAGACUGAUUGCACCUAUCUGGUGGACCUUUUCCGGUCCCGCUCUGACACUGUUCCUUGGAGAUUCCUCAGUCGUUGGCGUAAGGUUCUUGCUUCUAUCGUGAAUUUCCAUAUUAUUAUCACUCACAUCUACAGGGAGGGGAACCGGGUUGCGGAUUGCUUGGCUUCUUCGGUGGUGGAUGAAGGUUAUUGGAAUUUUGCGAUCCCGGAGAUUCUCCAUCUGCUUCUCCUUUUUAGACUUUUCGACUCUCUUGCGCCUUUAGUUCUGUUUGGAUCAUCGAGGAUCUGGUCUGUGUUUGGUGUGGUGGUCGAUCUGGGUCUAAUUGUUACAAUUGUCCCUUUGUUGGGCUGGGUUCUAAGGUCUUGGGUUGUCAUUACUUGGGAGACUUUGUUGGCCGUGGUUUGUCCGGUUGAAGCUAGCAGGAGUUUUUUCAUUGCAAUAUGCUUAGUAUCCUCUCUGGUUCGUGUGGUGAUCAGUGAAGAGCUUGAAGGGCGACGUUGA